UAUAAUCAAGAGAGCAGCCUUUGUUUACCUAUUUACUCUAGGUUGCUCAAUUAUCAUGGAUUACAGGUCCUCUGUUGAAUCUUCGGAAACUCUAAGGAACAAGUGUGCGGCGUGUUUUAGGCAAUUCAACAAGAUGGAACACCUCGUUGAGCACAUGAGGAUUUCAUUUCAUUCAGUUCAUGAGCCCACUUGCGGUAUCUGCAAGAAACAUUGCCGCUCCUUUGAGUCCCUCAGGGAGCACCUUAUAGGGCCACUGCCAAAACAAGAAUGCAGGAACAUUUUCAGUGUUCGUGGAUGCAAAUUCUGCUUGAUGAUCCUUGAAAGCUCGAACGCUCGUCGGCUCCAUCAAGAGAGAUGCGGACUAUCCAAUGUCAACUCGGGAUUAACCACCCGUAUGGCGACUUUAGGCCUAAGAGACAAUCCUACGAUCGACUAUACGUCGUCAAGAUCGGCCCGGGUGGUUGCACUUUCGUGCAAGAUGGUUGGAGGAGGCAGUGACGGAUCGCUCGACCUGUGUGCGAAGGUGUGCAUAACCGAUGAGAAUGACAAUAUAAUAUUCCACACCUACGUCAAGCCCCCGAUCCCGGUGACCAGCUACCGUUACGAGACGACGGGAAUACGCCCGGAGAAUCUGAGAGAGGCAAUGCCGUUGAAGCAGGUGCAGAGAAAGAUUCAAGAUUUCUUGUGCAACGGAGAACCCAUGUGGAAGAUUCGCCCAAGAGGUGGAAAAGCGAGGAUUCUCGUGGGACAUGGCCUCGAUCAUGAUCUUGACCGCCUCCAACUUGAAUAUCCAUCAUCUAUGAUAAGGGACACGGCUAAAUACCCUCCGUUGAUGAAAACAAGCAAGCUUAGCAACUCUCUCAAGUACUUGACCCAAGCCUAUCUCGGGUAUGACAUUCAUGUGGGCAUACAAGAGCCUUACGAAGAUUGUGUUGCGACGAUGAGGCUUUACAUGAGAAUGAGAUCUCAGAGACACAAGAUCGAGACUUGCCCUUUGGCCUCAGAUGCUCAAAACCGCAACAAUUUCGCGACGUGGAGGCAGAACGAGCUCGAGAGGAUGUCGCCCGAGGAAAUGCUGGCCAUUUCUCGGUCCGACUUCUACUGCUGGUGCUUGGACUCGGUUGCAUAAUUUGGAAGUUUUCGGUACUUAUCUCCGAGGAAAAGAAGAAGGCAAGGGUUAAUCAUCAUAUUUUUUUUUGGGGUUUAUAUAUGCUAGUAACCAUGAUCAAGAACAAAUAACGAUGUUAUGUUUAUGUAUGUGUGUGUCCAUUGUGUUGCAUUACUGGUUCUAUUCGCGACUACUAGAGUAUAUUUGCCUUGUAAGCUUGCAGCACCCAUAAUAUUUAUGCU